AUUUACCGCCCGCCGCGGCCUCGCGCCCCAGCCUCAUGCGGGGCAUCGGCACCAGCGGCUAGAAGGGGACCUGGAUGGCCGUGGCUGAAGGCGGCUGGUGCGCGGUGAAGCGGUGCGCUGCGGACACCGGUGUUCCCUCCUGCCCCUUCGCCACCAGGGAGCCGCGCCCGUCUCCUCCUUCGCCCCCCUCCUCCUCGUCUUCCUCCGGCUCCCAGGGUGAACGCGGCUCUUCCAAGACUCCUCGGCCGGAGACCGACGACAGUCACCGGCCGGCCCCGCUGCCGCCCCCCGCCGCCGAAGGCAGGUCUCUGCUCGCCCCCUACGUGCACUUCGGGGCCCCCCACCCCUCCGGCCGGCUCAGUUGGGAGGACAUUCUGCUCUUCGCGGACUUAGACCAAACCAACAAGCUGAUCUGGUCCAGCCGCGGCCCCAAGCUGAGCGCCCUCGGCGCCGAGCAACCCGAGGAGAUGUACCAGACCCUCGCCAUCUCGGCCGCCCAGGGCCCCACGCCUUACGACGGAUCUCCGGGAGGCUUCAUGCACUCCACGCCCAGCUCGCCCGUGUACGUGCCCACGACCCGCGUGGGCUCCAUGCUGCCCACGCUGCCGUACCUGCAAGGCAGCGGGGCGGCCCAGCCCAGCCACCCGGGCGGCGGCCACGCCGUCUGGUCCCAGCCAGCCGCGGAAAGCCCCUCGUACAGCACCGGCGGCGGCUCCCACCCCUCGGGCCGCUUCCCCUAUUCGCCCAGCCCGCCGGUGGCCAACGGGGCCUCCCGGGAGCCCGGUGCCUACAGCAACAGCCUGGGCGCCAGGGACCAGUACAGCCCCCUGGCCCGGCCGCUCAAUGGCUCCUACCCGGGGCCCUACACGUCCUACGUGGGGCCGCAGCUCACCCCCGCCUGGCCCACGGCGCCUUUCGAGAACUCCAUGCUGCACUGCCUCCAGGGCCGGGCCGCCCCCAUCCCCGUCCGGGCACCCAGCGCAGAGCUGCUGGAGGACCUGUCCGAGAGCCGGGAGUGCGUCAACUGCGGCUCCAUCCAGACCCCGCUGUGGAGGAGAGAUGGCACCGGCAACUACCUGUGCAACGCCUGCGGGCUCUACACCAAAAUGAACGGCCUCAGCCGACCCCUCAUCAAGCCCCAAAAGAGAGUGCCUUCGUCGCGACGGCUGGGCUUGUCCUGUGCCAACUGCCACACCACGACCACCACCCUGUGGCGCAGGAAUGCGGAGGGUGAGCCCGUCUGCAACGCCUGCGGCCUCUACAUGAAGCUCCAUGGGGUUCCCCGACCUCUUGCUAUGAAAAAAGAAGGAAUUCAGACGAGGAAGCGAAAACCUAAGAACAUAAAUAAAUCAAAGGCAUGCUCUGGUAACAGUACUACUGCAGUUCCUAUGACUCCAACAUCCACAUCUUCUACUAACUCAGAUGACUGUAGCAAAACUGCUUCUCCCAGCGCACAGACUGCGGCCUCUGGGGCGAGCUCGUCAGUGAUGUCUGGCCCAGGAGAGAGCACCAGUCCGGAAAGCAGCAACCUUAAGUAUUCAGGUCAAGAUGGGCUAUACACAGGAGUCAGCCUGACCUCCACGGCUGAAGUGACAGCAUCUGUGAGACAAGAUCCCUGGUGUGCCCUGGCUCUGGCAUGACCUGAUGUGAGGGAAGCUGGAUCCUGGUGCUGCAUGGCAGCCCCCAGAUGUCCACACACAGUUUCUCCUGUGGAGCGGUUGCAGCAGAAGCAAGAGUGCUGGCAAAGACCAUUCCUCUGAAAUAGUUUUUGAGCCUUGGUGGCAGAGGUGUUUUUCAACCUCUGAAAGAGGCUCUGCCAAAGCAUCCAGUUCCUCAUCUAUGCAAGAAAAAUAUAGGGAAAGCAAAU